UGGGGGAUGGAAACCGGACCAUAAGCACCUGGGAACCUUCAUCUCGGCCUGUGUUUCUGGCCGGAGCCGUUUCCCGAAGGCCCAGGCGCCCCGCCCCCACCGCCCUCCCCUUGACCCUCUUCUCUUUACCCUGGUCUUCUCUCCCCUUACCCGGCGCCGCCAGCUCUUGGGGGACACCCUGAGACCACCGACCCGCCGCCAUCUGCAACCACGGGAGUAGCCCGGGGCCGUUCCGGAGUCGCCCGGACCCGAGAGGCUGCUGCACCGGGCCUCAGUCACCCCUCCGGAUGCUGGUGCUGCCGUCCCCCUGCCCCCAGCCCCUGGCGCUUCCCUCCGCUGAGGCCAUGGAGGCGCCUCCCCCUCGGACAGGCGGGUCCCCAGAACCCGGACCUUCCUCCUCCACAGGAUGUCCCCAGGCUUCGUCCCCUUCGAGGCCCAACCACUACCUGCUCAUAGACACCCAGGGCGUCCCGUACACCGUGCUGGUGGACGAGGAGUCUCAGAGAGAGUCCGGGCCCGAUGGGGCUUCGGCUCAGAAAAAGUGCUACAGCUGCCCAGUGUGCUCCCGGGUCUUCGAGUACAUGUCUUACCUUCAGCGACACAGCAUCACCCACUCGGAGGUCAAGCCCUUUGAGUGUGACACCUGCGGGAAGGCAUUCAAGCGGGCCAGCCACCUGGCGCGGCACCAUUCCAUUCACCGGGCGGGCGGCGGGCGGCCCCACGGCUGCCCGCUCUGCCCUCGCCGCUUCCGAGAGGCGGGCGAGCUGGCCCAGCACAGCCGGGUCCACUCCGGGGAGCGCCCCUACCAGUGCCCGCACUGCCCACGCCGAUUUAUGGAGCAGAACACGCUGCAGAAGCACGCUCGGUGGAAGCAUCCCUGAGCCAGGCUGCGGGGUACCUCAGGUACCAUGGGAUUCUGGGGGGAGCGUGGACUCCCAUCGCCCUCAGACAGCCGGGAGCGCCAGAGGCUGGGCUGCGGGGGCCCUGGACACAAACACAGGACCCCCUCCCCCGUGGGGAGGCUGAGCCCUGCCUUGAGGAGUAAUCUUCGGGUCCUCAGUGUUUUGGAGAUAAGGAUGGGAAAAAGACCUCACAUGCACAGAGUGGAGUCCUCUAACCUCAGAGACAUCAGCGAGUCCACGGCUGAGCCCUGACCGGAGGGGUAGGGAGCAGAGUGCUGUGUGCUGAAAUUCUCGGGCCUGAAAGCCCGUGGUUGGGGGCCAUCAGGAAUCUGCAGCAUCUUGCUGAGGCCCCCCUGCGAUGCUGGGGGAAGGGGCCCCAGACCUGCUUCCCACUCCCCAGCCAGGGCCUGAGACUGGACACUCAGUAAACACAGGUUCCACUUUGAGCGUGUGAGGUUUUGGGGGACCGUGUCUCUGCCGACUGCCUAGCACGGAGACUGAGCAAGUGCCUGGCCCACUUGGGCCUUGGCUUGCCUGGGAAGGUUGACCUGCACUGGGGUUCGUCCUAGCUUGGCUCCUGACCACCUGUGUCAUAUAGGCCGAGUGUUCUUAAAUAUUUCUUUUUGUUUUAAACCACGAUCCAUUGUAAGAAACAUUUUAUAUGGCAACCCCAUAUAGCUACACAAUAUAUGCAAAACAAAGGUUUAACAGUAGUUACCUCUGCCAUGUGCAGAUCUCUGUUUUUUUCCAUCUACUUUUUUUUUUUUUUUUUUAAGACUGCCAAUUCCAGAUUUCAUUCUACCUUAUUAUCUGCGCAUGAACCUGUAGUUUGAAAAACACUGAUCUAGGGCAGGUGCCUCCCCCUGGACGUUUUGACUGAGGCUGCAAUUUAUCCGUAGUGUGAAGUGGGUAGAGGGGAGAGUGGCCAGGACUUUCUAGGUGGCGCAGACAUUUAGGUUCUCCCGCUGCAGGGUUAAAGCACUGCUCUCAUAAGGGCUGGCAAAAAUUCCAGAGCAUGGAAGCUACCUGAGAAUGGGAGGAGAGGCAGGUGGAGCUGGGCCAGAAGCUGAAUAAACAUCUGCCUUCUCAAUGAAUUUUCCUUGCGUGUCGGAUUUGUGCCAGGCACUGUGCUGGGCCUCAUUUCUUCUUCCGACCUCUUUUUGGGUGGAGGAAAAAAUCAUCUGUCUCUACUUCCCAGAGAGGGAAAGAGCUUCC